GCUCCAAUGUGGAUUAUGCAAUGGUGUGAAGAAUUUGACACGCUGGUAUUCAGAGUGUUACUGACGUCAAACAUUUGCCUGGUUUUGAUGACAUCCUACGAACUGAACUCCAAAAAUAUCAACGCGGCAGGAAGGACAUUUGGAGCUGCGGUUAGACCUUGAAUAGACCCACGUGUUGAAAUUCGG